AUAUACACGAACGGAAGAGCACAGCAGCCGCAAUCCGCGUAGUGUGGUGUGAUCAAAGCUGUUACAUUAGUUAUGUGCUAGUAAAUUGUUACAAAAAGAACAAACUCUUGGUUACCGAUUAGUUUUUAAAGUUCCUGUUUAAACAUUACAACAAUCCAACUUUAAGGUUCGAAAACUAGUGAAGGGUGCUAACGCUAAAACUGGAACAUAUUUGUGCAAAGCUGCAAACAAUGCAUUACAAUUCAUUCAAUUGUAAGCAGAACAUCCUGGAAUACUACACCUGUCACGGUGGGGUAAACCAGCUCGGGGGUGUCUUCGUGAAUGGGCGUCCUUUGCCGGAUCUGGUGCGGCAGCGUAUCGUCGAGUUGGCCCACAAUGGCAUCCGGCCGUGUGACAUCUCAAGGCAGCUGCGCGUCAGUCACGGUUGUGUGUCCAAAAUUUUGUCCAGAUAUUAUGAAACGGGCAGUUUUAAAGCUGGCGUUAUCGGAGGCUCGAAGCCGAAGGUGGCCACUCCACCGGUGGUUGAUGCAAUAGCUGCCUACAAGCUGCAGAAUCCGACCAUGUUUGCAUGGGAAAUACGCGACAAGCUGCUAGCCGAUGGCAUUUGCGUACACGACAAUGUCCCCAGUGUGUCGUCAAUUAACAGAAUCGUCCGCAACAAGGCAGCCGAGAAGGCAAAGUACAGCUCUCGAAUGGAUUCCGGCCUGGAUGGCAGCCCACGGGGCAUGUCCCGCGGUCAGGGACAACCACAGCAACAGCAGCCCCAACCGUCGGCAGGCCCAACAACACAGUCCCAGUCGGGAGCCGGCCAGGAAUGCAUGAAUCAAUCGAUGUCCGCUGAACCGGAAAAUAUGAUGAAGAGUGCGCAACAGCAACCUUCAGAUAACGUUGCCUCGGCCUCGUACAGCAUCAAUGGUCUGCUAGGAUUAUCGCAAAAAUCCCUUUCUGGUAGUAGCUCCAAGCGACGCAAAAUCAAGGAAGAUCCCGAUAUGAAAUCCGGCAUUCUGGGGUGCAUUAAACGUGACAAGGUACUGAACCCACACGGCUGGAAUCAAUCGGAACACAAAGACUUACCGGAGAUGAUGCACGAAAGCCUGAAAGCACACGAACAGGACAAAGGCAACGAGAUGUACAUUGGUGGAGUAGAUUUCGCAAACUCGAUGGCGAUGUCCAGCGAGGAUAAUUCGGACAAUCAAACCAGCUUCACCAUUCGGGCAGGUGAAAAGCCGCUCAAAUAUCAUCGACCAGAGGACGCCCUCUCCGUGGGAGUGAUCAUCGAAGACGACAGCUCCGGUCGUAAGCACCAAGCGCAACAGCAACCACAGCACCAUCAUCAUCCGCAGCACCCUUCGGAUCUAGGGAAACCACCAAGCGGCUACGAGAAGAUCAUCACCAGCGAAAUGUUAGCUUCAUCGGCGGCUGCUGCUGCGGCAGCCGCCGCUGCCGUUGGGGUUAAGCGAGCGGAAGCUUCCCCACUGGCCCAAUCAAUCGAAUUCCUGAGCGACAUGAACAACAACCAGAGCUUUUCGACCGCUAGCUACGAAACGGGCAGUUACAGUGGUGGUGGCGGUAACGGUGGAGGAGGCGCCGGCGAACCAUCGGAAACCGCAAUCCUCAACCCGCACAUUGCCUGUUCUUCCAAUUAUUCGGCUUUCUUGCAGAAUACUGACCAAUUUGCAGCGAAUCCGGAGCUAAUCUUCCCGACGGCCUACACUCAAUACGCACCUGGCUACGGAUCGUUCAACUACAACACGGCAUUCACCAACCAGAAUCUCUGCCGGGACCUGGGGCAGAUCCACUACCCGGAGGACCAAUAGCCCCAGCCGGCACAUCGUACAUGUACGGCCACUUCGGAGCAGCGACGCUGGUGGAGACAGACAAAUUGAGGAAACAUGACAAAUUAUAUAAGUGACAUUGCAACCAUUGAA